AUGCAUAUCUCUUUAAUUACAACUCUUGCUACUUGUCUAUUGACAUAUAUUGUUGCUUCGACUUCAGCAUUCACAAUCCUCUACCCAUCGGGAAAAUACUGGGUCGUAUUAAACACAACUUCGGUUGUUAGAUGGACCUACAAUGCGAGUAGUGACCCUCCUAAUUUUAGCGUUGAAUUGCAGUCUCCUGAUGCUAGUUUUCCCCUGUAUGCUAUCGUAACAACUGCAAACUCUUCACUCGGCAUAGCCAAUUGGACCGUCCAACAAGUUCCUCCAGGAACUGGUUAUAAAAUUGUAUUCGUAAAUAUCGGCGACAUCAAUCAACGAUACACUGUGUCAGAAGAUUUUGAAAUAAAAGCUAAUGGUAGCACACCGAGUGAAUACAAAGAUCCAUCAUCAACAACAAGUACCGGCAACGACACAAACAAUAGCGGUUCAGGAGACAACAAGUCUAACAACAGUAAAUCCGACGGAAAUAGUUUAUCGACUAAUGCUCGGUCGUCGUUUUAUGCGUAUCAAAUGACGUUGAUUGUUGGUGUUGUUGGUUUGGUUGGGUAUUUCUUUUGA